UGUUGUAUUGGUAAAGCAAGAGAUAACCUAAGUUUAAAAAUUUCAGCUUUUUUUUUUUCACAAUGGAUAGUGAAAGUGAAGACAGUUCUUUAAUUGAGGAAGAUUAUUAUGCAUUCCUUAAUGUUCCAAGAGAUGCUUCCAAUGAAGAUAUUACCAAUGCAUAUCGUCGGUUGAGUCGUUUAUACCAUCCAGACAAACAUUUUGAUCCAGAAUUAAAAAAAGAAGCCGAACUAAUUUUUAAUAAAACAAAAAAAGCAUAUGAAGUGCUGAGCGACCCGCACCAGAGAGCCAUCUAUGACAGCCUCGGAGUCCGGGGCCUGCAGACGGAGGGCUGGGAGAUCGUGCAGCGGACCAGGACGCCCCAGGAGAUACGCGAGGAGUAUGAGAGGCUUGCGAGGGAGCGUGAGCAGAGACGCCUGGAGCAGAGGACCAAUCCGAAGGGAAGCGUCACUCUCAGCAUAAAUGCCACCGACCUGUUCAGCAGCUACGAGGACGAGUACGAAGACAUCGAGGAAGGGUGGAGCCUGCCCGCCGUCGAGGUGAGCGGCAUGGUGUUCUCGCAGUCCGUGGAGGCCCCCCUCACUCUGCGCGACACGGCGCGCCUGGCGGGCCAGCUGAGCGCCCAGAACGGCGUCGGCGCGGGCAGCGUGACGGCCUCUCUGCGCCACCUGCUCUCGGAGAAGGGCUGGGUGGAGGCGGAGGCGAGCGUGGGCGGCGGCCCUGCACUGGGCCUCAAGGGCUUCCGCAGCUUCGGGCGCCGCACGUUCGCCAGCCUCUCCGCCGCGCUGCAGUUCGGCGCGCUGGGCGUCCGGCCGGGCCUCACCGCCAGCGUGGCGACGCAGCUCGGCAGGCACACGGUGGGCGACCUGACGUGGCGCGCGGGCCUGCAGUCGUCCAUGUCGACCGCGCUGGUGCGCUCCACUCCCUCCUCGCACGUCGCGCUCACGCUGCAGCUGGGCGUGCCGCACUCCUUCGUGUCCCUGGGCGCGUCCCGGCGCGUGGAGGCCCUGGACGCCCGGCUGCGCUCCUCCGUCAAGGUCGGUACGUUCGGCGCGCUGCUAGAGUACGGCGCUGAGAAGAAGCUGUCCCAGCACAGCACGGUGGCCGCGUCCGUGAUUCUAGGCGUGCCCACGGGCGUCACCUUGAAGAUCAAGCUGACGCGGGCCAGCCAGUCGUACGUGUUCCCCGUCCACCUGUCGGAGGAGCUGCUGCCCUCGGCCGUGUUCUACGCGACGGUGACGCCCGUCGUGGCCUGGGCCGUGCUCAAGAGGCUGGUGGUGGACCCCGUGCUGCGCGAGCAGCGCCGGCGCGACAAGGAGAAGCAGCAGGAGCUCAACAAGACCAGGCUGCAGGAGCAGCGGCGCGAGGCGCGGGCGGCCGUGGACCUGAUGCGCGCCACGUACGCGCGGGUGCGUGCGGACGAGGAGGCGCGGCGCGGGCUGGUGGUGAGCGCGGCGUGGCACGGCCGCAUGGCGGUGCUGCUGGGCCUGAAGGAGCAGGCGGCUGGGAGGCGGGCGCUCCAGCCGGGGGAGACGGAGGUGGUGGACGUCACGGUGCCCCUGCAGUGCCUCGUCAAGGACUCCAGGCUGGAGCUGCACGACGCCCCCAAGAGCCAGCUGCCGGGCUUCUACGACCCGUGCAUGGGCGAGGAGAAGAUGCUCCUGGUGGAGUACCUGUUCCACGGACACCUGCACGAGGCCUGCGUCUCCGACACGGAGCCCCUCAGGAUACCCAAGCAAGCUCAUCGGGUGAAUCCUUCGUGACAGUACAUCGUUUAGAAAGUCUAGUCAGUCAUGUGUACAGUACCCAAACUUUGUAAUAAUAUGAAAGCAAAAAAAUUAAAAAAAAAACAAAUCUAAAUCAGUUAUUUUGCAGUCCAUAUAUAUAUUUUUUUAGUAGGAUUAGUGUGACUUGGCACCAAUGUAGCUGCAGCAGUCAACAACUACGAGUGAAUCACAUGGUGCUGUUGACUUCCCGUCAAAUGAAAACAGAAUACUGUAUUUACCUGAG